GGCGUCUUCCUUGGAUUAUUGAACAACCGUACUGAUUUCAGCUGGAGUACUUGGUCGAGGAUGUUGUCGACGUUUGUUGGAUGCUUUAUCUUACCGUCACUAGCAGCGCAAGUCCCGUUGGGCUUGUCUUCUGAUGGCAAGGCGUUACUGGAACUCGGAACUGCAUCUACGAUAAUUUCAUCAUAUAACCCCGCCAGCCCUCUGGACUCGGAUAGCCUCGACCUUUCACCUUGGCAGCUUAAUGAGCCACCUCUCGCUAAUGCAACAGGGCAUUUUGUAUUCGAAACUGUGAAUUCGUUGCUCCAGCAUUGGCCGAACACGCGCUAUCGGAACGGCCACACAAUCGUUCCCGGAAUAAUUCCCAAAGGCACCUUGUUGUAUCACGGAGCUGUCAGUGACAAAAUCCCUACGGUUCCUGAGUGGACGGCCACAGAUCCAGAACACUCCAUCCUCUUCUGCCAAGGCGCGCCCGAUACAGGAUGUUGGCACUUGACGCUUGCAGCAACUCGUCCCCUCAAAGUCCUUUAUUUUGACGGGACUAGCGCAGCCAAUACCAUAAAUGGUACUCUUGACACUCAAGAUAUCAUUGCAUGGGGAGAAAUGAGACCUGAUUGGCGGUUUAAGGAGGAUCAGCGCAUUUUAGAUUUGUGCGAAUGGGGAGCACCAUACGCUGUUGAUGGUUAUGUUCGAAUGGAAAUGGACUUUGAAGUUAUGCUUUGUGAUUUUUCCGCUGGCCUGGAAGUCGUCUCCUGGUCCCACCUUGCGAGCAUUGUCGAACCGGCUUCUAUAGUCCCAAGAAUACCAAAUCCUUUUAUGAACCGCAUGUUCGAAGUAAUGCACUCAGGGUCGUGGCAUAAUCGAUACCCCGGGGAUACACGAAUUGACCUUGAUCUAGCUGGAAUCGUCUCACUGUACGACACCACGCUUGCACCGUCACUCGUUGGUUCACGCGACGGCCAGGAACGGUGCGACCACGGCAUAGGAACCAUAUCUUCUGCAGAUAUCGAGGUGGUUAGGCAUAGCGUCUCCCAGGCAUUAGAGCGACAUCGAGGUGAUCUCAGUGGCAUCGACUGGAAAACUAUUUUUAGAGUUAUCGUGGAACGUUACUCGGAGCGCCUCGACUUGAUGGACUACCUUCUCAACUCGAAAAAUGACACACAUAUGGACCGAGCAAUGAAGGUGCAUGCCCAGCUGCGCGUGAUGCUCACCCCAUACAUUUUCUACAAUGUUGUCCCCCCCAGCGCAUCGUACAAUUCAUCUCACUCCUGGGCGACACCAGUAUUCAAAGCAUGUGGGACCGCGCACACAUCGCCCAUCGUAUCAUAUAUUUCGAGCUUGAACCCCUCAGAACGCCUUCUGUUGAAUGCAGCACAAGAGACUACACGCGAGAUAUGUCGCGUUAUUACGAAGAUGUGGGUCACUGGCGUCCUUGCGGACCUUGAUCUAUAUCUCCCCCGUGAUUCUACUCCGGACGCUGCACAAAUUGUUCGCGUGAUAGACACAUGGAGGCAUGAAUUAAGUGCUCUAAUGGCAUGGCUAGAUUGGAGCGUGUGGGUAAGGUGCCGUCCAGCUUGCGGACCUGAGGAAAUGUGCUACCUUCCUAGCUGGCCCAUAAAUGUGCCAAGGCAUGGUCGGCCAGGCCGUCCUCCGUAUCCAGGCCGUCCUCCGUAUAAAGGCCGUCCUCCGUAUGAAGGCCAUCCUCCAUAUAACAAAUAUGAGAUCAGUGAUAUUACCAAUGCAUCCUUUCCAGACAGUCCAUCUCUCAAGCACGAACUCCUCGUGCAGCUGUCGACUCCACAGGAUGAUGACUGGAGGAAGCCCCAGCCCAAGUGCAUCAGGCGAGUUGCGCCAUAUGGUUUCUAGAGCUUUUUGUUUUCUGAAGCUAGUAUCUAAUGUCAUCCUUCUGGUGAUGACCGGAGACUGAAAUCAAGACAUUUUGGAUAUUUUGGAUACACACUGCUACUACCUACAUGUCGCUUGUUUUUCCUCGGGGGGUUAUCACUGUCGCGCUCCCAGAGAUUUAGAUGGGAUGCAGCUAUACUGUCAUUUGUGUAUUCGUCGAUUGUAUAUGCAUCACCUAUUCGUUCAUGUUAAUC